AUGUCUUCUGGGCAGACGCUUGCCCAGAUGAAUCUCACGUGUUUAUGGCUCGAGACCAUACUUUAUGGAAUCAAUUGCAUAUUAUUCGGUACAUGCGUUUACGUCAUCUCAAUCAAGGGUCCAGCCUACAGCAAGCUUCUGCUCUGUGCUACCUCGUUUCAAUUUGCUCUGGCAACUACACAUGUGAUAUUGAUGUUUGUACAAGCGAUGAUUGCAUUCACAAAUGCGACGAAUGUUAUUACCCCUGAUGGGGCAAACUUUUACUAUGCAGCUACCGCAGGAAACCGCGUUUUCUUAUUCUGUCAGUUAAUCUAUAUUUCCAAUGUAUUUACUCAAGAACUGCUUUUGAUAUGGAGACUCUAUGUCGUCUGGAAUCAGAAUAUCAAAGUUUGCAUUCUACCGGUAAUUCAAACCAUGGAUUCGGACGUUGUUAAUGAUACUGAACCUCUCCUUCAGCUCAUCAUGUGGGUAGCCCACUGUGUUACCGCCUCUAUCGCCGUCGCCUUGCUCGCGCCUAAGCACACCAACAUCUUUUCGCACACUUUUCGAGCCUUCGCAUUGUGUGGAUGGUCACUCGAGAUGGUCUUAAAUGUUACGGUAACUACUGGUAUCGUAUACCGUAUCUGGCGAACAGGAAAACAAACAGCUGCUCUGACCACCGGCGGAAGCAGCGGCUUCAGGUACAAAAGCACCAUUAUAACGAUCGUGGAAUCUGGGGCGCUCAUCACAACAUGUACAUGUGUGAUAUUCCUUUUAUGGGUAGCGGGUAAUGUUUCAGGGUUAGUGGCAGUCGAUAUUGCAAUACAAGUCGCUACAAUGACCCCUCUCCUCAUUAUCGUCCGCGCCGGUCUUAAACGCUCUCAUUCCAGUCUUCAAGUUGGAUCAUCCGGGGGACACUCAUCAUCCUACCCUAGGUCUUUGGAAUUCAACGUCGCUACAGUCAGCGAUCACCCGAUGGAUGUCAUCUCUAAAUGUGGUACUAAAGGAAAGGAUUAG